AGAACAGGAUUCGGUACCAGUUAACGCAGAGGUCUUGUAAGGAUUUCAUUCAAGCAGACCGAAGUGGAUAAUCUGAGAAAUUCACAGCUGAGCUAAACAUUCACUUUCCACAAUCGCUUUGCAAAGCACUCAAGCACAAUGUGCACAGGGAAAUGUGCAAAAUGUAUUGGAGGAGCAUUGUUUCCACUUGCUUUGUGCUCCAUCGUGGCAAAUAUCCUCCUUUAUUUCCCAAAUGGACAAAUAAUUGAAAUUGAUGAGAUAACUGACUUUGUUUGGUUUUUCCCUGGUAUUGCUGGCGGUGGAAUACUGAUCCUUUUACCAGCAUUCAUGAUGUUUUGGGCUGGUGGAGAUGGAUGCUGUGGUAACAGAUGUGGGAUGAUGUUGUCCGUAUUACUGUCUGCAGGAGGUUUCAUUGGGGCUGGUUACUGCACAGUAAUCUCAGGAUAUGCUCUAGCACAAGGCCCACUUUGUGAAACUGGAAAUGGAAAAUUUGAAUAUCCUUUCAGAAAUGAUAUUUUAACAGAACAUUAUUUGCUAAAUCAAACAUCGUGGGAGCUUUGUAAAAAGCCAGAAAAUAUUGUCCUUUGGAAUCUGGUCCUGUUUUCAGCAUUGUUAGGUCUUGGUGCAAUAGAUCUGCUUCUGUGCCUCAUUCAGGUUAUUAAUGGACUAUUUGGGUGUUUAUGUGGCACUUGCAUUCGUCACAGACAGGAUAAUAUUAUUUGAACAGCACAGUGAAGAAUCUUCAAGAUGUCCAACUUCUUGACUCUUUAUUAAUUGUGACUACAUAUGUUUAGUUAAUAAGGGACCUUCUAUUGCAGAAGCUUAAAAUGAUAAAACCCUUCAAGUCAAUUAUUCUUGUAGGCUAAUAUUUGAAUUUAUAAUAAAACAUUAUUUGGAGAAAAAGAACAUUAUUGUAAGGUAAUUCUGCCAACAACAACUUGCAUAUAUAUAGAGCCUUUCACAUAGGGUGGUUACUCGCAGUGCUGUCUCCAAGUGGGUAAAUAAAACUCAGUUAUUAUU